AGCCAACUAUGCCAUCCUUCAAUUUUCCACCAGUUCCAGAGGAUGACUGGAUCACACGUGCAAGACUGAUUGGCCAACAGAAUGGAUACUUAAGCUCCUCGGCGACUGGUGCUCCUGGUACCUCUUUUCCGGUAACAGAUGGAGUUAGUCAGGCGACCUCUUCACUUAACCAAGCUAAGGAUGACAGCUUCAGUGAGUUACUUGAAAAAUUGCUCGGAGAGGAAGAAGCACAUGGGGCAGACCAGGACAUCAUACCAGCUAACAACGCACAACUGCCGAAUUCCAACAAUCAAUUCCACGGUUAUGAGCAUGGUGAUGGCAACUAGUGAUUAACUUGAGACCACUGCUACAGGCUUUCCUCUGCAAGAGUACA